ACAGCAGCUCACAGCCGCACACUACUCAGUAGGUCAGAUUUGUGUGUUUCGAUGGAGCCUCACACUACUUAUCUUCGAAAGCGAAAUGCCUAAAGCAAUCCGCACCCAAAUUCCCUUCUUGUGGAAAAUCUCACCCCUUGUUGUCCAGUAGCCUCAGUCUGCGACGCAGACCGAGGAAUUUCCAAAGCAACAAGAGCCUCACACUACUUAUCUUCGAAAGCGAAAUGCCUCAAGCAAUCCACACCCAAAUUCCCUUCUUGUGGAAAAUCUCACCCCUUGUUGUCCAGUAGCCUCAGUCUGCGACGCAGACCAAGGAAUCUCCAAAGCAACAAUCUUUCUUUCGAUGGAGCCUCACACUACUUAUCUUCGAAAGCGAAAUGCCUCAAGCAAUCCCCACCCAAGUUCCCUUCUUGUGGAAAAUCUCACCCCUUGUUGUCCAGUAGCUUCAGUUUGCGACGCAGACCAAGGAAUCUCCAAAGCAACACUCUUUCUUUCGCUUUCUCGUAAACAAGAAGGAGAAGCUCGCCGAUUCUGUUUGCUACCAGUGGCGGAUGUAAUUGUGAGUUGGGCUUUUGUGUAUAAGUUGAGGAUUGGGAUUGUUGGGACUGCUCUUACUAUUGGUUUUGCUUGGUACGUUGGAGUAGAUGAAGAAGAAAUGAGUGUUAGGUCCAUAAUUACCUAGAAAUGAUGGAGAAAAAUGGAAAUGCACUAAAAAGGUCAACUUUACACAUUUCCUACUCCGACUAGGAGAAACCAAGCCAAGCAAGGAAGAAGGAGCGGCAGACUAACCAAACGAAAUCCAAAUGAGCUAAAACUCUCCAGAUUAAUUCUAGACAUCCAAAGGAUCAUUUCUUAUGAAGAGUGUCAGAGUUAGUUUUGAGUGGAAAGUCUUCAAACAAUCAGUCCAAUUUUCUGCAGAAGCAAAACUGGAAAACUGGACUUGUAAGGAGUCCAGCAGAGUUUCCGGCCCAACCACAUGGAAUUAAGCUCUGAAAUUCCACCACAAUGAUCUACACUCAUUAUGGAUCAUUUGAUAUGAAGAAGUCGAAGGCCCAUUCUGAUUUCUUGGUGGAGAUAUAACUGAAGGAAUAAAGGAGCAGAAAGUGAUUCAAACCUAACAAAUUCCAUUAGUGUUUAAGUGCUUAAACCUAACAAAUUCCAUUAGUGUUUAAGUGCUCAAACCUAGCCCAUCAUGAUUUGUUUAAGGCCAAACACUAUGGCUUGAUAGCCUAUAUAUAGAGGCUACAAAGAAGUAACAAGACAUUCCUUCAUCCAUUUCAUCUUUUUUGUCUCUCCAUCUCCUCUCCAUUCUCUAGUUCUUAGUUUCAUUUCUUUUCCAUUCUCUAGUUGCAAAUUUCGCGUUUUCAAGCAAGGAAAGGAAGAAGAAGAAGGAGCCGUGAAGACAUAGCCUCCAUCGUCCACCUUGAAGACUUGCUUUCAAGAUUCAAGAUUCCAACGUUCAAGCUCUCCAUCUCCAUCUCCAUCUCCCCUCACGGUGUAAUUCAUUCUUUUUCCUUGUAAUAUUUUGUUUUCCUUGUUUGAAUUCAUAUGAACUUGUUUCUAGUUAACAAUAACGUUUAGGGCAAAGUUUAAGCCCAACUUCUAUGUUUAAAUAAAGUUUUCGAAUUCCAUAAUUGUGAUUCUAAGUUGCUUAUGUGAGUUUGUUCGAUUGAAUUUGCUUGAUAGAAAACUUUUAUAUGUUUAUCUUAUUUGGAUCGACACUUAUAGGAUUUGCAUGUAAUUGGUGCUAGAUUUAGGUAAACGAUUCACCUAAUAGUUUUGUGAACCUAAAUCACAAGUAGUAAAGGCUUUGGACAAAGGUUGAAUUCAAUUGAAGAGGAUUGCAAAUAGGUGAAAUUAUUCAUACUAGGUUGUGCACUUAAGUUGAUAACCUUUCUCUAUGCUUCUUGCAUUGAACAUGUUUUGAUUAGCUAGCUUUCUAGACUUUGAUUGCAUGUUUAAUAGGAUUGAUCUAGGUGCUUUCACUUAGGUUAAUUAGUAAAGGAAAGUAAAAUAUGGGAAAUUGUUUGCUUAUUAACGUUUCACAUGAUCGACUUCUUUCUCAUGACUUAGAUGAUCAAUUAUAGGAUUUGAAUUGAGUUUAAUCAUAUGAAAUUGAUUUUGAUCUUUGUUUCUUACGUUUCAUUCUUGUACAUGUGUUUUUACAUUUUCUUUAUUUUGUUUAGUUUAAUUUUUGAAACCAUAAUUUUUUUUUUUGGAACAAGCUUUAUUAAUCAUAUGAUUUUUUUUUGUUUUUUUUUUUAAUAAAAAGGUUUAGCAAGCAG